AUUUAUUUAUUUUUAUCAACAACUGAUCUUCCGCGCCUCACCUUAGUAUCAAUAUAGACAGCGGUUUGAAGACACGACCACUUUACCACGUUUGACAACACGGUCAAUGCGUUUAACAUUUCGCGAUCUCUCGUUCCACAUGGAUUUCGGUUGCCACGACAAGGAUUCGGGGGAAGUGGAGUGCUACCUCGAAAUACGUAAAUACAUUUUGACUAAACGCUAUCAACGGUGAUUUAUAGCUUUCUUAUUGUUGUGGAACAUCGCAUUGUAAUUGAUAUUUUUAGUUGGAAUCAGUGUAGUUUUUGGGUCGUGUAAACAGCUGGACUCUUCUGACAGUAAGUUAGCGUAUGUCAGCGCAGUCCGCGAUUGUAAGUCGAGUUAGACGCUGUUAUUACGAAUUUAUUUAUUGCUCCUCCCUUCGGUACGUCAAUAACAUAAUAACAGAUAGGUCCGCCGGUACUCACAAUGCGCACGGAGCUAAGAACGAUAAGUACAAGGCGUGACAACGUGCCGAGUCAUUGCGAUACGGGUACUUCUUGCGCUAUCACGAUACAAAUGCCGAACCCGGAGGCCGUGGGAUGUAUAGAGCGAUUUGCAACGUUUCUGUCGUUUCUGCUUGUCGUCAUCACCUUCCCGUUCUCCCUGUUCGAGUGUUUUAAGGUGGUUCAAGAAUUUGAAAGAGCUGUUAUAUUCCGGUUGGGUCGGUUAAGGAAAGGCGGUGCGAGAGGUCCUGGCCUAUUCUUCGUAUUGCCAUGCAUCGACACUUACAGGAAAGUGGACUUGCGUACUGUGUCUUUUGACGUUCCUCCUCAAGAGGUUUUGACCCGUGAUUCGGUAACUGUAGCCGUAGAUGCUGUGGUCUACUAUCGUAUCAAGGAACCCUUAAAUGCUGUAGUUAGAGUAGCAGAUUACAGCGCAUCAACCCGUCUUCUAGCUGCAACAACGCUUCGUAAUGUUUUGGGCAUGCGCGACCUAGCACAGCUACUGUCCGACAGAGAAGCCAUAAGUCACAUGAUGCAAGCCAGUUUAGAUGAAGCUACAGAUCCUUGGGGCGUUGAAGUGGAGAGAGUUGAAAUAAAAGAUGUAAGACUGCCAGUACAGCUACAAAGAGCGAUGGCUGCAGAAGCCGAGGCUGACAGAGAAGCGAGGGCCAAGAUCAUAGCUGCAGAAGGAGAAAUCAAAGCGUCCAAAGCGCUGAAGGAAGCUUCGCUUGUUAUGAUUGAUAAUCCGAUGGCAUUACAGUUAAGAUACCUCCAAUCAUUGAGUUCGAUAUCAGCCGAGAAGAAUUCCACAAUCAUCUUUCCAUUCCCGAUGGAUUUCCUGAAAUCUUUCAUGGGAGGACCCGGACCAAGUUCGCACCAUCAAGUCAAUUUAUAAAUCAUACAAGUUUCAUUAUUAAGCUAAUUAAUUCUAGUCAUAUAUUAUUAUUAUUUUAAUUAAAUUUUGUCUUAUUCUGGUUGUUUAAUUUCUGCGUCGAAAUGAAUGCAGUUUUAAUAAAAUUCAUUCACUGUGUUUGA